AUGGAUCAAAAAGAAAGCAAGUAAAAAGAAAUCUUAUUGUAUGCUAUGCUGAGUUGCGCCCCCUCUCGUUAUGAUUAUUUU